CAAACCGGACUACAACUACCUGGUCGCUCCAGGGUCAGAGAACAGCAGUCGCCUGAGCUGAAAUUUUUAACCAAAGGAAGUUUUUUUCUUUCCAGAAACCGGCCAACAUGUGUACUGGAAAGUGUUCCCUCUGCAUUGCGGUGACUCUGUACCCGCUGGUGCUCAUUUCCAUCAUCUGUAACAUUGUGCUGUUCUUCCCUGAUGGAAGCGUCCAGUAUGCUCAAGAUGGACACAUUACAGAUGAGGUGAAGUACAUGGGAGGAGUCUUUGGAGGAGGGAUACUGGUUCUGAUCCCUGCACUUCACAUUCACCUGACUGGAAAGCAGGGCUGCUGUGGAAAUCGUUGUGGGAUGUUCCUAUCUAUCGCUUUCGCUGCGGUGGGCGUGCUCGGUGCCCUGUAUAGCUUCGUUGUGGCCGUGCUCGGCUUGCACAACGGGCCUUUGUGUAAAGUAUUACUGGUUUGGGGGAGGCCUUUCAAAGACAGUGACAACAGUUACCUGGGCGACAGCUCGAUGUGGUGGAGGUGCACUGAGCCUGAGAACAUCGUCCAGUUCAACAUUGGACUGUUCAGCACUCUGCUGGUGACCAGCGGCCUGCAGGUAAUCCUCUGUGCCAUUCAGAUGAUCAAUGGGCUCUGCGGCUGUCUGUGCGGCACCUGCAUCAAGAAGGAGGAAGGGAUGAUCUGAAGAUUUAAAACCAGCAGCUGCUGCGAGUUUCUCACUGGCGCCCCCUGCUGCAUCCUUUAACAAUAAGAACUGCAGAAGGCUACAGAAAGUGUCUUAAAACUAAAGGUUUGAUGUUUUUGUCAAUUUUAUGCUUUUUACUUUAGUACGGCCUUGCACUUACAUUCAGUAGUCUUUCUGUAUUGAAAGACUGUAUCAUUUUGCUUAGGAGAGGCUUAUUUUAUACCCAUGUACAUGUUUGUAAUUGUAUUUCAUGUCAUUAUUAAAUUAGGAUAACAUUCUCAGAGACUGAGAUAUGAAACACUGGACCUUAUGAGUCGUUUGAUUUUUUUUACCUGCAUGCUGAAGAAGCUGCUUUUAAGCAGCUGUUGAGUAAAUUCAGUGAUUAAAGUCUGCUCAGAGAUAAUUAUUUUCUUUAAAAAAAAACCAAAAAACUUU